AUGGAUCACUACGAGCGAGUUGAAAUGAAAGACCGCCAGCAAGCCAAGCGAAAGAUGGCAACCGCCAGAGAAAAGCGCCGGAUGGAAAAGCUCAACAAUUGCAUCGAGGACCUACGACUGAUGAUCAUGCCGGAGACUAAGGCACCAACAAAGGCGAAAGUGCUGAUGGUGGCCCUUCAACGGAUUCAAUACUUGGAAAAUCUCUACCGCCAGCUGAACGGUCAAUCUGACAUGUACCAGACCGCGACCCCUUCCCCACCGCAGCAACAUGCUCAAAUGGAAAAUGGCUUUGAAAACUGUCUUCAAAUGCCACAAGAGCAUGUCGACAUGCAAGUGCCGCUCACACCGCCACUCUCCGAGAGCGUCCAGUUCAGCCCGGACUCCUUCUUCCACUCGGACGACUCGAACAAUGACUUCAACUCGCCCGCCCGUAGAACAAAUGAGCUCAGUGUCGAGUUCAACUUCUCAGAUAUUCUGAUGAACGAAGACGCCAGCGAUGCCGCUGCCAACUUUGAGAACUACUUCGAGCUCUCCAACAACUUCAACCAGCCGACAAAGAUGGAGAAUCCUUUGGAAGACAUCAUGGGAGUUUUCGACCACAUUGAGCAGGUCUAA